UCCUUACUCGUAUCGCUAACAAACACUCACUGCCUUCGCCUUCUAGCUCCGUAAGACUUAAACCUCAUAAAGCGACGCCGGGAAGUCUGCCAACUAUGCCAUAAUCCCGAAAUGCAAACGACAGUCACUCUGCUCCUGUCUGUCAUUGUCGUGACGGUGGCUUCUGAACUGUCAUGUAGCGGUCACUUUCCGAUUAAAGAAUCUGUGGAAAACGUCAGAAGGCUGGUGGCAAAAUAUGCUGUGUCAGUCGUGAGGAAGGACGAAAACGGGGUUGAAUGGAUUAAUAAUCUGUUUAUAACGGAUAAGGAAUAUGAGAUAGACGACACCCGUUACUACCUCAAUGACAACCGCCUGUCACCCGAGAUGACGUUUUACUUCGAGGAUUCACUGCUUCUUGACGCCGUGCCGAUUUUUGUUGUUGAAGAGAAGCAGCUGAAAAAUUGGAGACCAGACCAUCCAGACAAGACGUAUGCCUUGACGAAGAUCAGCCACGAAUGUUCAGUCGGGCAGAGGGCAUGUGGAUUGAAAUGCUGCUACAGCGAGAGUGACAAAAUUCAGCAAGGUUUUCUCGAACUCGCCCGAGAAGGAAACCUGCAGAACAAUUCUACUUUUAUUUACAACGAUAUCAUAUACUCCUUCGAGCUGAGUAAUUUGACCUCAGUGUGCGCCUAUGAUCUCUCAUACUAUGAUAUUUUAUUCCGGAGAGCCCGGAUCAGAGACGAAUCUUUAUCUACUAUUCACUUCUCUUGUCCAAAAGAUCACACUUGCUGCGGGCUUAGCUGUAUGCCUUUACCUCUUAAUGCCCUUCUUAGAAAAACAAGAAAUGCAGAUGAUUCUUCGUCCCACCCGGAACGACGGAAAAACGUUCUUCUUCUAUGCGGAUCUGCAAUGGCAUUCACUGUGUUUUUGGUGACUACAGUCAUCAAUUACAGAAAUGCUGGAACCAACGCAGAAGGAUCUCGGUCAAAUCAGAAACUAAUACUGAAUCUCUGCAAACGGCAAGAUCUGGACUCUCAGUCAACGAUUUCCAUACAUCUCGAUGCUGAUGCAAGAACUUUGCUGGAUCAUGUUAGUAAUGUAUAGUUUCUUUUCAAUGUAGUGAUUGAUUUUUUCAUGAAAUAAUCACUCAAGUACAAACAUUUAUUUCAUGUGA